UGCAGCAUUAAAGCGACUCUGGUGCCAGACUGGAUCCAGUUCAUAUUGAUCCGGAGCGACAGGCCGACCGGAGGGACGACCAUGUUCGAAAAUGUCCCGGCAGUGUCCGCAGUGGAGCGUCAGCAGGUACUGGGAGCUGUGGAGCGUCUGCAGGCCAAACUGGUCCAGAGGGAGGAGUGGACCCACAGUGAUCACAUGGCAAACCUGAGGGAGACCCUGCAGAGUCCACUGUUCAACCACAUCCUGACCCUGCAGCACUCCAUCAAACAGCUCCGGAACCAGCUCAGCAGUAUGCCUCCUGAUGCCUGCAGCGAGUUCAGUUUCUCCAGAAAGGGUCAGCUGAUCAUGAGCGCUGUUAAUCCAGACAGCAGCUCAGCCCCGCCCACCCUGUCCGCCUCCUCCUCCAUCCUGACCAACGGCUCGACUCCGCCCAUCCAUCAGUCUCCGCCCUCGUCUGACCUCCUCCAGAAAUGGAUCCUCGCCGCCGCCAAGGGCCGUCCCACAGAGCUGCUCAGCCUGACUCGUCCUCUGUCUGGAGGUCUGGGCUUCAGUGUGGUCGGUCUGAAUCCAGCAGGAAGCAGCAGUCAGGGCGUCUUCGUCAAACACGUCCAGCCUGGAGGCAUCGCUCACAGGGACGGGCGCCUGCAGGAGAGAGACCAGAUCCUGGUGAUAAACGGCAGCCCUUUGGAGCCCGGGAUCAGCCAGCAGCAGGCCCUGACCCUCCUGCAGCAGCCCGGAGAGACUGUGGAGCUGGUGGUGGCCCGGGACCACCCGCUCAACGCAUCACCUCGACCCGCCAUCAACACGGAUCAGUGGGGCCACGUGGAGGAAAUCCAGCUGGUGAACGAUGGUUCUGGUUUGGGCUUCGGCAUCGUGGGAGGGAAGACGAGCGGGGUGGUGGUCAGGACGCUCAUCCCGAACAGUGUGGCAGACAAGGACGGACGUCUCCGCACAGGUGACCACAUCCUUCGCAUCGGGACGACGCCCACCAGCGGCCUCACCAGCGACCAAGUUGUCAAGGUGCUUCAGGGGUGUGGGAGUCACGUGACCAUGCUGAUCGCCAGGGAUCUCCAGGGUCAGAGGUCGACAGCCCCGCCUCCCCCGCCACCUCCAGACUCCGCCCCCGUCUCCUCCUUACCCCCCCGUCCCCUGGACCCGCCCCUGCAACGCCGGAUCAGCAAGACGCCCAACCUGGAGGGAUAUGAGAUCCACGAGGUCCCUCUAACCAAGAAGGACGGCCAGAGCCUCGGCAUCUCCAUCAUCGGCUGCAACCCCCUGACCAGCCAAGAUGCAGUAGGUGUGUUUGUCAAACAUGUGGUUCCAGGCAGCGCAGCAGAUCAGAGCGGAAACAUCCGAAUCCAUGAUCGACUGAUCGCUUUGGACGGCAUCAGUCUCCACGGUCUGACCAAUCAGGAGGUUCUGGAGGUGAUGAAGAGGACGGGUCAGACUGUCGUUCUCUGUGUGGUCAGGAAGAAACCCAGAGCUCUGGAGAGAUCCUUGGACAAAGUGGAGAGGGAGUCGUCUCGUGUGUCAUUGAGGAGAUCAGUGGAGGUCAAGACUCGCUCGUCUGGGUUUGGUUUUGUGACACCAAAACUUGAAACAACAUACUCCAACACAGCACAGCAAACAAGAGCUACAGAUGCAGAACUGAGGGCUAAGUGGGAGGCAGCUCUGGGUCCACAGUACCAAGUUCUGGUGGUGAAGUUGGAUCCUGUCAUUGAAGACGAUGCAGAGCUGCAGAAAUCCUCCAAGCUGCUGCCCGUCCACACUCUGCGUCUUGGUGUCGAGCUGGACUCCUUCGAUGGUCACCACUACAUCUCCUCUGUGGCCCCUGGAGGCCCCGUGGACAAACACGGGGUCUUGAGGCCAGAGGACGAGCUCCUGGAGGUGAAUGAGGUUCAGCUGUACGGUAAGUCUCGUCGUGAAGUGGUGUCGUUCCUCAAAGAAGUGCCCCCGCCGUUCACUCUGGUCUGCUGUCGACACCCGACCUCUGACCUGGAACCAGAUCCAGAAUCUGAAUCUGAACCAGAGCCUGAACCAGAACUAAGACCUGGACCUGGCCCAGUACGACUGUCACAGCCCAGUGUGGAGGAGAUCGAGCUGAAGCUGUCGUCGAUGCUCUGCAGUCAGACAGAACAGACAGAGAACAUCACUGAACAGCAGCCGGCAGUAAGACAGGAGCAGGUACCUGCUGCGAAGGAGGUGCUGAUGGAAGAGGAGGCUCUACACAGCCAGGAGGAGGAGGAAGAGGAGGAGCAGGAUGAAGACGAAGAUGAAGGGGAGCUGGCUCUGUGGUCUCCAGAUGUUCAGGUGUUGGAGCUGCAGAAGGAGAGAGACAAAGGCCUCGGCUUCAGCAUCCUGGAUUACCAGGACCCGCUGGAUCCCGGACGCUGCGUGAUGGUGAUUCGUUCUCUGGUUCCCGGCGGCUCGGCGGAGCAUCACGGCGGUUUGCUUCCCGGAGACCAGCUGGUGUCGGUCAACCAGACCCAGGUGGACCGGCUCAGCCUGACGGAGGCCGUGGAGGUGCUGAAGUCUGCCCCGCCCGGCACAGUCCGCCUGGGCAUCCGCAAGCCUCUGGUGGUGGACGGAGCAGAGAGGAGGACAGACAUGUCUCUCAGCAACACACAACUACCUGUCCCAAAGGGUUUCGGCGACGGCUCCAUCCUGCCAGAAGACCUUCAACAAGACGGCGAAGAAGAGGAGGAGCCGGAGCUGAUCCUGGAUGGAGGUCUGCCUCGCUACGCCUCCUCCUCUCUGACCUCUGACCUCCUGCCCAUGGACGAGGGCAGGGAGAUGGCCGUGGACGAUGAGGUGGAGAGAGGGACGGAGGAGGAAGUCGAGGAGGGCACGGGCUCCCUCCCCAGGAAGCCUCCUCCGUCGUGGGAGGAGUGGAAGCUCGCCUCCUCCGGCCGGGCCAGAGGAGCAGAGGAGAGGAGCGUGAAGCAGGAGGAGCUCAGAGAGAGGGAGGAGGAGGAGGAGGAGGAGGAGGAGGAGGACCUGCACAGACCAGACCAUGAAACCAUCGUGUCUGCAGGAAACCUGAUUCUGGACUCCAGAGACAGUGAAGCAGACUCUGAGCUCACUCUGACAGACACCGACACAGAGUCUGUCAGGAUGAUUGACAUGAAGAGGAGGAAGAGGCGGAGCCAGGGAGGAGCCUCUCUACCAAUCAGAGGAGGCCAGGGUGAUCUUCCUGAAAGAGAGGAGGGGGAGGGAGAGGAAACUCCUGCCUUCAGUCAUUGGGGACCCCCCCGCAGGGUGGAGGUCUGGCCUGAGGAGGGUCAGUCUUUGGGUCUGAGCAUCGUGGGAGGUCGUCAUGUCAUCAAGCGUCUGAGGAACGGAGAGGAGCUGAAGGGAAUCUUCAUCAAACAGGUUUUACCAAACAGUCCCGCAGCCAAAACACAGUGUCUGAAGACCGGAGACAAGAUCCUGGAGGUGUCAGGUGUUGACCUACAAGCCGCCAGUCACGAGGAGGCCGUCAGUGCCAUCAAAUCAGCGCCGAGUCCUGUCGUGUUCGUCGUCCAGAGCCUGUCAGCUGCUCCGCGGCCUGUGUCUCUAACAGCUGCCAGCUACAGUAAACACAAAGCAAAGAGGACAGAGUCUCCGCAACCAGUUCCAGCUCCGCCCCCUCUGAGACAGCCCCCGCCCUACAGACCUCCCAACCAAUCAGAGCAGGAGCUGAACUCUGACGUGGAGCAGGCCAAAGGCCUGGUUUGAACCAGCAGUCCUCGUCCCGUCCACCGUCCUGUUACAGCCGAGUGGAAGACGUUUUUAUUUACUUUUCUUCCUGUCGGCUCUCUUCGGUCUUUCCUUUCUCUGGAUUUGGGUUUUUCUCGCUGCCUCUGGUCUGGGUGCGUUUGAUUUGGUUUGGUGCGUCUGAAUCGGGCGGGCGGGGCUGUGAUUUGUUUGGGGUUUUUUUCUGGCUGCUGGUUGGAGGGUUGGGUGUUUGUGGGAGGAGCUUAUUAACUGCUGGUUUUAAUGGGGUUUGGUGUUUGGGAAAUCACAUCGAGGCUGUCAGAUGCAGUUGUUCGCCCACUACGAGCUGCUGGAUCAGUUUUACCUGCUGGUCUCUGGUGAUUUAGGACUUUACUCUCUGUGUCUGUGUUCCAUGCAGCAAAAAGAAAGUCUCUAUUUGAUUCAUAUUUAUUCACCAAAUCCCAAUAAGCCACACUUUAAACAGCAGAGGAGCUGAAUCUGGUGCUGGAGGAGUUCUGCAGCCUCCAAAAACAUUAAAGUUUGACUGAAGUUUGACAAACCA